AUGUUCAUCAGCAGCAACAACAACAACGUCCUCAACAACAACAACCGCAAAAAUAUAAGCCAUCACAACAAAUUAUUCCGCAAAAACGACAGAGGCGAGAUUAUACAACACAAAGCCAACAACAAACACAACAACAGCAAAUGCCACAACAACAAAUACACCAAUCACAACAACAUCUACACCUUAGACUGCAGAAACGUUCCCUGCAACAACAACAACAACAUCUUCACGGUUUUAGAAAACCAACGUCACAUCGUAACGUGCACCAGUCGUUCAUACUCCCCUCACCAACACAUGCACAUCUCUCUGGCUGAUCGUGACAUCACUACCUAUUUCGACGAGAUCCGUCUGCAGUCGUAUUCCGGAAGUGAGGGCUUCUACGUCAUCCAACACACCGUCACGAGACGUUGCGUCAAUUUGACAUUUUCCUUUUCCGACGAUGCCCAGAUGAUCCGGUGUUCGGUUACUAACAAGGGAUUUCCUGUUGCUAAUCUCACCGAAAGAUUUCUCAAUGACUGCAGUGACGGAAGGAUGGAGACGAAAUUUUUUAUUCGUCACGUGCAACAGCAUAACUUUCGCUACUACAAGGUCAUCUCUGAGAAUGCCAUGGGCACGAACCAUACACGCGUACUACUGUCGCAAUCUUUCAGACACAUUUCUUACGAAUCACACUUUCAAGCCGACAACCCAAACGGGCGUUUGAAGCCGACAAGUGGUAGCGGUAGUGGUAGUGGCCAGGAUAUGCCCGUGAUCAGAUCCGCCCCGGAUCAACCAUCCUAUUCCUCGUCAUCCUCGUCAUUUCCGUCAUCUUCACCAGCAUCGUUGACGUUCUUCGUGACGUCAUUUUUGACAAUUUUGUCGUUGUUAGAGGAUGGUAGGAGGACAGAAACAUGUUUGUCGGGGUGUAUCGUGCUCAAAUUAACGUCAUUUCUUGUUUAUUUAUUUUGUCGUAACGCCAACAUUGUCAUCUGUACCAUUGUAAAAUUCAAAAAUUUCAACAUCAUUGCCACUGGCAAAUUAACAUUCCGUAUUAUCAAUACUCUCCUAGUACCCGUCACCAUCUCUAUCGUUUUUGUUAAUCAUUUGUUCGUCUUUAGAUUUGUGCAGUUCAUUAUUUCAUUCGCAUUUAAAGUAUUCAAAGUCGAUGUCACAUUUCCUUUUAGAUAA